GGUAGGGUUAGUGACUGUUGUUUCGCUUUACCUUUGGCAAAGUUCACACAAGGGUAAUUUGAUCCCAUAGCCACAACCCAAGAUGCCUCCCAAGUUCGAUCCCAAUGAAGUGAAGACCGUUAUCAUGAGAGCCGUCGGUGGUGAAGUUGCCGGUGGUUCUACUCUUGCUCCUAAGAUUGGUCCCUUGGGUUUGUCUCCUAAGAAGGUUGGUGAAGAUAUCGCCAAGGCUACUAAGGACUGGAAGGGUCUUCGUGUUACCGUCAAGUUGACCAUCCAAAACCGUCAAGCCGCCGUCUCCGUCGUUCCUUCCGCUUCUGCUUUGGUCAUCAAGGCUUUGAAGGAACCUGCUCGUGACAGAAAGAAGGACAAGGGUGUUGUCCACUCUGGUAACGUUUCUAUUGACGAGAUCAUUGAAGUCGCUCGUACCAUGCGCUUCAAGUCCCUCGCUAAGGACCUUUCUGGUACUGUUAAGGAGAUCCUUGGUACUGCUUUCUCCGUUGGUUGCACCGUUGAAGGUAAGAACCCUCACGAUGUUCAAAAGGAGAUCGACAGUGGUGACAUUGAGAUCCCUCAAGAGUAAAGCAGGCACUUUGGUACAAAAUAUCAUUCUUGCAAAUGUUCCA